AUGUAUAAAAUUCUUGCUCUCUCUUUAGGAUCAAUAACUUUGAUAGCAGGAAAAUUAAAAAUAAUGGGAGGUAUUAACUAUUUUAAAACUCAUGAGGAGAUUAUCUUGGAUGAUAAAACAAUUUUGAUAACAGGCGGAACAGAUGGGAUUGGUUGGGAAACUGCCAAAAAGCUAUCAAAAGCAAAAAAUGUAAUUAUUGCAGGGAGAAAUGUUGAAAGAAUAAGAUCUCAGUUAAUUAAUUACAAAAAUAUCAAAUAUAUGUACUUGGACUUAAAUGAUUUGGACAAGGUACAAGUAUUUUGCUAGGAAUUUAAAAAUACUUAUGAAAAGUUAGAUAUUUUGAUUAAUAAUGCAGGAAUUUACAAUUUAGAGUUGAAAUUCACUCAGUAAGGAUUUGAAUAGAAUUUUGGUGUUAACUAUUUGUCUCCUUUUUUGUUAACAUAUAACUUGCUUGAUUGCAUUCCAAAUGAACAAGAAUCAAGGAUUAUAUUUGUUGCUUCACGUGCACAUGCAAAUUCUCCUAGCUAGGUUGAUUUCAACAUCUAUUUAAAUCGAUAACCUAUACCAUAUCCAUGGUAUAAAAUUUAUGCCAUUUCUAAAUUAGCCAAUAUAUAUCAAACAUCUUCAUUUGCUAACCAUCUAAAAAGUACUAAGAUUAAGGUUUAUACUUUACAUCCUGGUUUGGUUAGUACAAAUAUGCUAAAUUAAUUUUAUUUUUCUUCACUUUUAGCUCCUUUUAUAUGGUAUUUCACAAAGACGCCUGAUUAAGGAUCAGUAACUUCAAAGUUUUUAGCAACAUAGCCAAACCAAAAUUUAAAAAAUGGAUAUUAUUAUACGGAUUGCUUUCCAAAGUAUCGAAAGGAAGAUAAUAACAUAUUGUUUGAGAAUACGACUAAGUUACUUCAAAAGCUUGGUUAUAUUAAAUGA